UUUAGCUCACUGCUUUACCUGUCUUCGCCGUGUUCUCUAAUUCUGUAAUUUUAUAUAAACUCGGCAGAUAGAGUCAGAGAGUGUAUAAUAUGAACAUAUUCUGAAUUAUACUAUGUAUCAGACACUACAAGACUGACAGUUGUUCAAGUCUAUUCAUUCUUAUUAGGCUAGUUGCGAGACUGAAAGAGCGUAAAACCUGCUGAAGACAGUGUUUCUACCGCCUGGAAUAAAAUAAAUGGAUUAACUUCAGCAAAGAAGAGAAAUGUUGUUCAGCGACCAGGUGAGCAUUCUUUCAACCUGGUUCAAAAAUUGGAAUGAAUGCGAGCAGACUGUUGCUCUGUUUUCAUUAUUGAAACGAGUACAGAAGAGACAAGCUAAAUUUCUUGCGAGAUGUCUUGAACAUGGACUAAAAGAUUGUUUGGAACUGAUUCCUGUGGAAAAAGAGGCAAAUGAUGCUGGUUUCAUCGGACGUCUUAUUAAUGAACCACAGCAAGAAAAAGUUAUUAAAAUAUUACUGAGUCAUUUACCACUAUUACGACCAGGAAACAAUGAUGCUAAAACCAGAUACCUUGAUUUAUUACCCAGAGUUCUUGCAUUUGCCGUUGAAAGUUCAAAAUAUCUUCAAGAGUCACGACAACUUCUAUCAUAUUCACUGAUUCAUCCUGCAUUUGAUAAUGAUGAGAGAUCGUCGUUAACGUCAUGGAUGGAACAUUUAGACGACAGAAUACCAAACGUUGUACCGGAAAACAAUUAUCCUCCUAAUGCCCAACUUGAAGAUUCUCAGAAUGCAAAUGACGUCAAUCACAACCGAUUAUGGAAAGAUGAUCCUGCUUUGUUGGGACCUUCAGAUACCACGCCCGCUCCUUUAUUAACCAGUCCUACAUCAUGGCAAGCUUCAGACAACAAUGGUUUUAAGUCUGAAACAAACCAGACAAAUUCAUUGUCACCUGGACACAGACGAACUGAAGACAUUGAGACACACCAACACACAGACACAAACAAAUCAACUUCGGAAGACACAAAUGCUGCUGAAUAUGACUUCAUAUCAUGGCUAAAAUCACUUCGACUUCACAAAUAUAACGACCUAUUUGCCAGCAUGAAAUACGACGAAAUGAUGCAAUUGAAUGAACAUACUCUUUCUAAAAAGAAUGUAACAAAAGGUGCGCGGGAUAAAAUUCUAUUGAAUGUCAAAAGACUUCAUGAGAGAUUUGAAAAAUUACAAGGACUGGAAAAAGAGAUUCCGAGAGGUGGUUCAUUGCGAAGUGCAUUAAACGAACUCAAAUCAAUGAUCUACACUCCAAUUAUUCGCUUUGAAUCUCCGCCCACUGAAGACCCUACUCCUGCUCAAGCACAAAACUUACCGACGCCAUCGCCUGGACAAUCUGAAAUAUUGCCUGGCGAUAUUCCCGGACAAUUUACAAAAGUUCUUGGAAAAGCCUGCACCCAACUUCUGAUCUCAAAACCUGACAAGGACAAUAUAACCCUUUACCUACAACUGCUAGAGAAAUGUAUGCAUCACACGGCUUUCACAUCGCAACAGAAAAAGAGACUACAGAGUUGGAAAUGGCAAAUCAAUAAAAUUUAUCGUUCGUUACCUAGAAAUCAACAGAUGUCCUCACAAAGAAGUGCUGUUGGUGCAAACUAUCCCAACAAGAGAGUGAGUGGGCGGAGUCUGCCGUCAUUUGGAGCUGGAGUGAUAAGUCCAGCUGCAUCACCAGCAAUGCGAUCUUCAAAUCAACUUUCUAUGUUUCCUGCUCAAGUAUUAAAGCCUACAUGGUACGGUUAUGGAUCAAACACUCACCCCACCCCUCACACCGUCCAACCUCCAAUCGAAGCUGCUAGAAAAACUGCAUCUCUGGACCCAAGUCUUGUUCAGCGACCUGCAGCGUACCCAGUUUCUCAUUCAUCAGAUAUUGGAAAUCUGCAAGGUCUUACGGGGGGCCCAGGUGACACAGACAUCAGCAAAAGACUUGAUUCGUUAAGCCUUAGUGUGGCGGAACAUGCAUUGUCAGAUGCUGAUCGUAUAUCAACCCUAUGAAGAACGGAAUGCGAUUGGUUUGAAAUUAUUGUAUACCUUUUUUUGCCUUAUUUUUGCCAAAAAUAAGUACUGUAUUUUUAUAACAGUAUUUUCAACUUCAUAUCAUGUUUCUUAUUAUUGUAUUUUUUUUAUAUUCAUUCACUUUUUUAUCAUCUUGAACUGAAAAUAAGCUGGUAUUUGAGUACGCCAUAACAGAAUUUUAACCUUCUUAAACUUGUCUUGUUGAAUAGAGUGUCCAUAAAGUCUUAAAAUUAUUUAAAAUUACGAAGGGAAUUUAUUGAUACCGUAUUAUGUUUUGGCCUUCACAGAUUUAUUAAAUGAAGUAAAAAUACUUAAACAAUUCCUGAUUAAAAAACAACAAAACCUGGUUAAGAUAUAUUGAGAACUGACUUCAUAACAAAAUUGAAAUUGUAAAGGGACUUAAUGGACACCCUGUAUAAUAAAUGUAGAAUAAAUCAGCCAAAUCAGUUACAAAAGCUAGAUGAAAGAGAUCUGUUUUUAGGCAUACAAUUCUAAUUUGUCAUCAGUAGGAAAUUUUCGGCUCUUUGACCACUAGGGCUGUAGAAUCCGGGUAGAAAAAUUUGAACCCGGCUGCGCCUGCUCAGGUUGGAAAAAAUUCAACCCAUCUCAGAUAAAACAAAACUUUGGCAUAUGAAACCUUUUUUGAAUCUCUGUUGAGUAUACUCAGCCACCUUAAUGCUUUUAGGUUUUUUUUUUCUCCAUAAAUUCUGAUUUGGAGGUAUAGCUCUAAAUUCUGACACUGACAAAUUCAAAAUUUUGACUCUUACAAGUAUGGAAAUUCAACUCUAGCAUUUUCAGGAAUGUUCCCAACUCUGACUCUACAGCCCUAGAAUACUAACUAGGUCUCUGAUAAUAAUCUAAUUUUGUUCAAUUUCCAGCAUAAAAUAUAGUCUUUGUAGAAGUCACUUAAAGAUCAUUCGAUCAUUUUACAAAUCGUGUAUCAUUGUUAAAUAAUUCUUUUCCAGUAAAGCAUUUUUGAGACAUUUCUACUUCACUUGUAAAUCUAAUCACACCAUAUAAGCUUUGUAAACCAUACUUAUUUCGGUACUCCCGUAGUACGUGAACCAAGAUGGCGGACACCAGAACAAGCCAUAAUUUCAGAUACAAAUACUACGGGAGUCACUUGGCUAGUCCCGAACUCGUAAUAGAACUAAUAUAAUGAAAAUUGGAAUCAAAUUAUAGCCUUAACCCUAACCUGGUACACAUACUGCGUUCCAGUGUCCGCCAUCCGUGUCGCACACUACGGGAGUACCCUGAUUUCUAUCACAGUAUAUAGACCUGGGAUUUGAUUCAUUAUACAGCGACUUGGAUAAAAAUUGAGUGGACAUAGCAAUAUUUAGCGAUGCCAGCUUGGGGAUGUCCAGAUUGAAUCAAACAUUUGAAACAGUUUGAACAUUGAUGUAUUCUAUACAGAUUAUUCGGUUUUGGACAUCCCUGCCUAUGUCUUGGACUAAAAAUGACUUAAAAGAUGGCAGAAAUUACAUUAUCUUUUGUAUUUUAAGAACACUUAUUGAAUAAUAUACUUUAUUCCUAGCCUUGUAUUGUUUGUUAUCAAGUACACUAUUCUAUUGAAUUGCGGCCAUGUUACAGGCUCAAACGAAAAUAUGACAAAUUUUGGGUUUUUUCUGUUACAUUUUUUUUACAAAAAUUCAAAUUCUACCUACCCCUAGAGGUCGGUGCUGAAUUGCUAAUUUACCUAUUACAUUGCGCAUAUUAGAGUUUACAUUGCAAAUGCCGCUAUCCCUAUGUUGGUUGAAAUUAAUACAAAGAGCAAGCUUUGCCCAGACAUGGCCAGGUGAUAUAAAUUGCAUUUUGUCAUCUGGCCCAUGCUUGAAUCAGAUGUAUCUACUUUUUAUAAUAUUAUUAGUUAUUCAUAUUAUUGUUUUAUUUUCCUAACCUACUAAUCUUACUAUUAUUGUAUUUUUUCACUUUCAAACAUUAUCGUCAUAAAGAUCCCAUGCAUUUGAUAAAAAAGUAUUUAAUAUUUGUUCCUCUGAGAGGAACAACACAGCAUCACUGCUGCAUUUUUAUAGUUUAAUCGUUUUUAGCAUUAUUAUGAAUUAGCUGAAGAAAUAUUGUAUGGUAUCCACUAGUCAAUAAUAUUUUGUUCCGAAGGGACAGUUUACUUUAAAUUUAAACUCGGGACUCCAGUAUCAAUAAAAGCACUCUAAUUCUGACAGUACAGCCUGAGUAUAUAAUAACAAAUACCAGGCAGAAUUAUUGACUUUUUUUUCUCAUUUAAUAACACAUUAGCCAAUAACAUAAUAAAAUGAUCGAUUCACUCUACUCUCAGUUGAGUUUUUAAGAAAAUGACUCCAGCUCUGUAGUUUUAGGUGGGGAAAUUUUUAAACAAUCUAAUUUCACUUUUAAUUAAUAUAAUGAGUAGAUUUUAUCAGCGUAAUGGAGAGACUUUUGCCGCUCCAGAAGUGUGUGUACCAAUAUGGAGGUAACUAAUUUUGUUCGCCUACUUUUUUACAUCAAGUUGUGUGAAGGGACUGAAAUUCACUUGGCUAAAACAGACAGCCACGAACUCGUAAUAAGACUAAAACAAGGGAAAUCGGAAUAAAAUUUUGGCCUAACCCUAACCUGGUACACACACUACAGGAGUACCAAACUUUCAACUGAAAUGAAUGAGGUCGAAAUUUUUGUCAGAACGUAAGUUAUGUAACUACCCUUGCCAGUUUUUAUCAAAUUUUGGUUUCCUUGUAUUUGAGAGCUGGAGUGAAAAUUUCCUGUAGUCGUAAUUUUUAAACCAGACUUCAGUUCCAAUACCAGCAAGAAUUCGCUAAUACUUAUAUGCCUUGAAUCUCGAAAUCAAGUCUUUGGUUUCAAAGUGUACUUCAUUACUGAUGCGUUUGUUUCAUAUCCUUUUUGUUUGACUGAGUGUAACUCGCGUGAUGCUACUUUCAACUAUUUUAUAUGUAUUUUGUCAUUAACAUAGUACUAUCUGUAUACUACAUUAUUUUCAUUGUAGAUAUAUUAAAAAGAUAUUAUUGAUUGUAUAUGACUGCUACAGACAUACUUCAAAAUAUUGAUCAAGUGUGGAUUGCCUUAUUUUCCUCUAUUUUCAAAACGGACUUCAACUGUGUACCUAAUAACGCAAAUUUAUUAGGGACGUCUCAAACCAAACAGGAAUUUUUAAUAAUUUUAUGGGCCAAAUUUAGGCUCAAAUUCAAAGUUUUAGGCAUUAAUAGACAUCAAUCAUUUAGGCAUUUUGUAGUCACAAACACAACAAAUCUAAAAAACUCCUGUAACCAUUUACUCUGGAUUACCUAAUAUAUCUUCCUGUGGAGUUUAUGAUUCAUAGAACAAGGGUAUGGUUUCAAAAAAAGUUUGGCAGUCUGUAAGCUGUUAGAAUUUUUGGUGUAAUGUUAGAUUCGGGUGUUAGUUUACUUUAUCAAAAUGUUCUUUUGCUUGCUACUAUUUACAGGGUAAAGCAAAAAACAAACAAACAUUUUUUUUAAAUUCUCUGAGAGAUUUUUGUCCCACUCUGUAUAGCAAAUAGCAAUGGCCUAUGUUUUUAGAGCACAUCCCACAUAUUUCAAUAUUGGGCUCUCCAGAAGUGUGUGUACCAAUAUGGAGGUAACUUCUUUACAUCAAGUUGUAUAAAGGGACUGAAACCUAUGGGCAAAAGGGUUAUUCACUUGGCUAACACUGACAGUCCCGAACUCGUAAUAGAACUAAUAAAAGGCGAAUUGGAAUAAAAGUAUAGCCCAACCAUAACCCGGUACAGUGGUACACACACUACGGGAGUACCCAAUAUUGAACCUAGACACUCGAGUAGCGUAUCCGUUAGUUGAACUAACACCUCUCACAUUCUAUAUAUGAUAUAACCUAAUAUUAUUUGCUUGAUGCAAAUAUUACAUGUGAUUUGCUUGUUUUGGAUGGAAAAAUGCUUCGCUGCCUUAUGGAAAGCUGGUUUCUUUCUUCUCUGCUUGCAUGUAGCUUCUUAAUGUUUAUAAAGUAUUGGAGUUAGCAAUACUAUUAAUACAAUGCAUUUAACACAAA